AUUGCUAACAGGAAGGAGGAAAAGUUACUUCCGGGUCAGGAACGUAAAAGGUCAUCCACGUGAAAUUUCAAAGUGUAUAAAGAGAAGCGGUUGGCUUUACAGAGACAUUGAUCAGCGGUCUCAGCCCAAGCAGUCGGCCAAAGCUUGUAAAAUGAAGGUGAAGGAGGAGAAGCUUCUAAAGAAGGAGAAGAAACACAAGAAAAAACAAUCUCUUUCUGAAAACAUAAAUGGUAGUGUUGAUGAUGGGAGCUUAGCAGAGGUGAAAAAAGAAAAGAAGAAGACUAAAAAGCAUGAUGACAUGGCAGUAGUGGAGGAGUCUUGGGAUAGAAGUGAUGAGAAGGAAGAGAAAAAGAAGAAGAAAAGGAAACUUGUCAGUGAUGCUUCAAAUGAUGUCAGUGGUUCGGGAAAAGAAGGAGUCAGCAAAAAGAAGAAGAAGAACAAACAGCUGGCAGACAGUGAGAAUCAAGUGGAAACUGAACAGAAUUCAGUAGAAGAAGACGCGGAAAGGAAACAAAAGAAAAAGAAGAAAGUAAAGAAUGAAUCCGUAGAAAUUAAACUAGUCAGUGUUAAGAAAGAAGAGGAGGAAGAAUGUGAAGUUGAACAGGUAAAUGUGUCGAAGAAAGUCAAGAAAGGAAAAAACAAUAGGAGCACAGAAGACACAGAUGAGCCAGUUAAAGAAAAGAAAAAGAAGAAAAAGCAGCUUCCAGCUAUGGAUGGAAUAAGCCUAACAAAAACAAAGAAGAAAACUAAAGUGGUUGAAGACAGAGUAAAGUUAGAAACCCCAGAAACUGAGGUUGAGGAGGUAAAAAUAAAAAAGAAGACAAAGAAAGAAGCCAAAGUUAAAGAAAAUGGAAAUGAAGUGGAAGCAACUGAGAUCAAAAUCAACAAGAAGAGAAGCAAAUCUGCAUCAGGCUGCGAGGUGGAAGGUGACAAAGUGGUCGGGAAGAAAAAAGACAAACCUGCUAAAGGCGAGAUUAUUGUUAUAAAGGAUGAAGAAAAGACAGAGUUAAAGAAAAAAGGGAAAAAAGAAAAGAACAGAAUAACUUCUGAGGAGGUCAUUGAAGUUGAGGAGAUGAAGCCAAAGAAGAAGAAAAGGAAAAAGACAAAAGGUGAGGAGGAUGAAGCACACUUAAUCCAAUAUGAAGCAGUUGAGGAGGGCGGACAGAGUGAGGAGAAUCUUGUAAUAGUAGCUGUUGAUGCUCCAAGCAAGAAGAGCAAAAAGAAAAAAAACCCUGCUCAGGAAGAACAGGUGAAUGAUGCCGGCACAGGUGCAAGAAAUAAGAAGAAGAAAAAGAUCAAAGGAGAACAGGAGGACUCGCACGAGUCUCCCCAAGCGGACGUUGUUUUCCUGUCAGAGAAGAGUGGAAACACUGAUGAGAUCACUAUCAACCAGGAAAGAAGACAGGCUUUACAAAUGGAGAUUGAUGAGGCCUCUCAACCUCAAAAACCAGCCAAAUCUAUGGGUUUUGGACAGUGGAGCACGGCCCAGUUCAACAGCUCAGAACAGCAGCAGAAGUUCCUCAGAUUGAUGGGCGGCUUCAAAAAGGGCUUUCAGCCAGCUGGAACGAGCACAGGAGGAGCGAAUAUGGCACUGGGGAAGGACGCACAGCAGCAGCUACAGCAAGGGCUUCUGGGAGAGUUUGAGCGAGCCCAUUCCCGCAGAAUAGACUUCAGUAACAGGGGGGCAGGACUUGGGUUUACAGCACCGUCCAAUAAGAAGUUCUCUAUUGACAUCAAUGCAAGUCGCUCAGUUUGUUUUGAUGAUUGAUCGGUUUUGUAUAUGCCAUGUUUUAACUGUUAAUUCACACAAUUGCUCAGCUCCACUGAAGGAUUUACAACAGAUUACUGUUCAACUGUAUAUAAAUGAACAUUAGUGAAUAAAAACAAAUUGCCAGUUGUAUAUACUGUGUGUAUAUAUAUACACCCAUCCUACAGUUAGAGACUGGACAGUUUUUAUGAAAAAAUACUGUGAGCAGCAUCUUGUUUUAAGCGACUGUGUGAUUCCAUGAGGGUCAGUGUUGAUGUGCUUAUAGUAUAAAAUUUCAGCUUCUCUUUUUUUAAAAGAUCCCAACUAUUCUUGUCUAACGUCAUGCUUUGCCUGUUUGCGGGUUUGUUUUUUUUAGGUUCCUUCUCAAAUUGAAUUUCCCAACAUUGGAGGUUUCAUUUGGUACAACGAGCCUUUUUUUUUCAUUUACCCUCUGCUAUCCCUACCCAGAUCCCAACAUGUCCUUUUUCUUUUUUUCCUCAAGAAAGAUGCGCCCAGCAGCCGGAGCUGUCAUUGGCAGGGCAGCUCAAAUGAAAUUUCGUUGUAUAUGAAAGUGUGCAAUGACCAAUAAAGAUUGAUUGAUUGAUUGAUAAAUAAUGUGUUCUAAAAUGGAAAACAAGUAACUGUAAACAAGAUAGUCAUUGAUAGUCAUUUUAUUUCAUUCUUGCACAUCUGCUGUAAAGCGAAGAAAGAAUAAGAAAAGUCAAAAUACACUUCAAAAUAAAAAGUAAAAACAGAA